ACGCUGCGACGGCAGCGGCAUCUCGGGGAGCAGCGCAGCCGGAGCGGAGCGGAGCGGAGCGGAGUGGGGCGCGGCUGUCCUGCCCGGGUGCUUCUCUUACUUGCCAAGAUCAUCUUAAAUUUUCAACAUUUCUCCUCUCCUCGGCCACCAAAUGCUCACAUCCCCUCCCUUCCAGUUCAGUGUCACCUGGAGACUGUACAGGCUCAUGUUUUGUUCCACUCUCCAAGUUGCUAAAGGAAAACACGGCUAACCUCCAAGUGUGACAGAAACCCAUCAUAAUGUUGGCACAUUCAAAACCAGUUCUGAUGGUGAGAAGACAACUGCUGUGUCAAGUAUGAAGAUGCUGGACCAGAUACACUUUCCAUUAUCUUUUAUUUGGCCUAUCAAUUUUUUUUGACCCUUUGGUCAUCCCUGUAGUACAGGGAUGACAAAGCACAGUGCAGAAAUUACUGAGGCAAGGCUAAUUUGAUCCAAUAAACUAAUCUUGGCAACAAAUGCAGGGUUACCACUUUUAUGCAGUUUUGCAGAGAACCCAUUUCUGGUUGCACUGGCUGCUCCCUUCAAGAUGUGGCCCCGACAUGAGCCAUGUCUGGUGAGGAACAUUCCCAGGGAGUGGCAGUGCUGCUCCUGCCUAGGGCUGGCUCCUGGGAACCCACUUUUGGGGAGCAGGGGAGCUCUGCAUGGGCGGAGCAAUGCAGUUCAGUUUCUACAUCUGUUUUGAUAGCUUUUGCUGAUUGUGUUGAGUGUCUUGAUAUCUCAUCAAGCCUGUCACACAAAGUGUUUGGCACUUCUGAUCUAGACCAUAUUUCUGUAGUUUAUCACAGAGGCAAUGAUGUAACAUAGUGUGCCUUCAGAAGGCUUAUCACGCAUGCAGCUUUUGCUUUAUCUACCGUGAUGGUUAACCCAUUAAUUGCUAAGAUUAUUCCUGACAAACUCACAUUCACAAAAGCCAUGAAAGUACUGAAUGCUUCACGUUUUCCUGCUAUGUCUUUCCUCUGUGCUGUAUUUUGUAAGUAACAAAUUACUUACUUUUGAAAGCAAGAAUAAAGCAUGCUUGAACUUUGGAUAUGCCAAGUCAGGAACAGAUUCUCUAAGUACCACUGCCAAGUGUGUCCCUAAUUCCAUCUAUAUGUUGUCUAAACUUCACUGGUACUUUGAAUGUGCCUAAAAACACCCGUGGGUUGCUAAGUAGUGUAGAGUAGUUGCCAUAAAGUGUGCCAGCACCUGACAUGUCCUAGGACUGAGGCUGUGGGUAUGCAUGUGUGGCUCUGGGGGUUAUUUCCUGACUGAACUAUUAUGGUCCAGUUACAGUUGUGUAGAUUUUGCAGUAGGAUCCAGGACUGAGCUUUAUGUGUACUGGCCCACAUGAACAAAUGCCAAUAAAAUACUCUGUAUUUAGCAUUAAAGGGUUUUUUUAAAGUAAAGUGUACUUGAUCUCAGAUUAUAACAUUGUAUUACAAGCUCUAAAUAUAUGUGUGUUUUAAAAAGUAAUGUUAAUUUAAAAAUGUCUGUAGAACAUGUUUCUUCUGACUGAUGAUCACAUGCAACCUCAUAUUUCUACUUGGAUGCCAACAUAAUGUCUUAAUCACUUAUGAAUACCACUGUGUGGUAGCAAUAGUAGUUAUAUAAAUGUGGCACGUACAUAGCAAUUUUGCUGAGCCAAUGUGUUUCAGGGAAGCCGAGGUGAUUAAUUAGAUCAUGUAUAUACUCACAGCACUGUAGUGACAGCUCUGCCUGUGAGUGCGUUGUUUGGUUUCCUUGUGCCAUGACUCAUAACGAUGCCGAGGUGCAGUAAUUGCCAAGAAAUGCAUGGAUGGCUCGUUCACUGUUCAUAUUAGUGGCAUGGUUCUGUCUUAACUAUUUGCCAAGCUGGUGGAGGUACAGCUCACGCUCCCCUUGUCUCCAUCCAGGCCAAUUUUACUUGAAGACCUGAGUGUUGCCCACGGCAAGAAGGAUGGGCACACUGUGGUGGGCAGCCCACAGCACACUGUGUGUGCUGAAAAGCACUAAAGAGAGAGUCAUGGUGGGUUUGGUUUUCCCCCCACUUGGGUAAAAUACAAUGCCAUCUACUCGUUGUAAUGGUGCUCUGUUUUAGCAAGCCGUGCACAUUAAACUAGGACAAGGGGUAAUGGUUUUAAACUGAAGGAGGGGAGAUUCAGGCUAGAUGUAAGGAAGAAAUUUUUUACAAUGAGGGUGGUAAAACACUGGCUCAGGUUGCCCAGAAAGGUGGUGGAUGCCCCAUCCUUGGAAACAUUCCAGACCAGGCUGGAUGGGGCUCUGAGCAACCUGAUCUAGUUGAAGAUGUCCCUGCUCAUUGCUGGUGGGGGGGGGGGGGUGGACUAGAUGAUGUUUGAAGGUCUCUUCCAACCCAAACUAUUCUAUGAAAACUGCCUGGAGUCAGUUCAGAGGUCUCAAGGAUUCCAAGGAUUUAUCAGAUUUUCAAUAUCUGCAGUUGCUAACUAUAUAUUCUGUUGCUAGCAUCUUUAGAAAAAUGAAGUUGCUAAAUUUGGGGUGUGCAUUAGCCUUUCCUGUCCUUAACUUCCAUUUGUAUACAGAAGCAUGCUGACGACUGGAAAGAGUUCCCAGUUUUGGAAGGGGGUUCAAAUAAUGUACAUGAAGACUUAACACUUCUCAGUGGACCAUGUAGUGAAAAUGGAGAAAUUUUUUUUUGUCAACAGCCAUGGUACAGGCCCCCCUCCUGCCAAACAAAACCAAAUCUGGUUACAACUGCUCAUUAGUGUGACUUGUGAGAAAAAUGUCAAGAGGAGAUACUGAGAAUCCAUUUUAUCAUCUAUCCAGGAUUGGAAAUGUUUCAGUGGUGAUCCACAGCUCUCCAGUGAAAAUUCAGACAAAUAGCAGCAGUCCACCUAUAGUAGCAGUCCACCUUUAUAUAAAACAAAGCUGUCCUCUCCAAUGCAAGAAUAAUGUUUACUUAGCAUAUGCUACUGUGUAGUAACAAGUUAAAACUUCAGAUGUUUUUGUCAGUCUCAUCAUAAAUAUGUGAAUAAUGUGAUGCGUAUUAUGGAUGCAUUUAAUGCAUGCCAGCAGCUUCUCCUAGUUUUAAUACUGAUGCCUGGAAAACCUGAUAACCAGUCUGUUGAAAACACAAAGAUGGUUAACCUUAUUAAAUACCUCUAGGAAGUAUGAGAUGCACCCUAGAUCCUUGAAUUUAUAAUAUGCUGUUGUACAAAAAUUGGAAGUUACUUUAUGUUGAAGAGAUUGAAUACUGGUAAAGAAACUGGGAUAAGUCAAAGAAGAACCUCCAAAGCUAUCAGUAUUCCAAUAAUUAUUGCUUUACUGCCUCAUUACUUGAGACAGAGGCAACAAACUAUUUGAAUGUUAAUUUCCAUCUCAUCCCCACAUCUCCCUCCCAGGCCUUUCCUAGCCUUCAUGGUAGGAAAGGAACCACUGGAGACUUGGAGAUCCUGACAACUGCAGAAAUAGUCUGAUAAGAAUUGAGCCAUCCCUACUUCUCUGAAUAUAUCGGCUUGCAAUAAAUAACUUGUUCUGGUGCAAAUGGAGAAGUUGACUUUUCAUGCAAGCUUUUGGAAAAAAAGCUGCCCUGAGACAUUUGCAACUGCACACACUUCCCACUAGGCUGACUGAAAGCAUAAAGGAGGUGUUCUGCUGUACAUAAGCUUUGACUACAAUAGGUAGUGUCUAAUAAUCUUCAGAUACAUUUGUGGCUUCUUGCUGGAUUUCUGUAGCUUUGUAACUCAUGUUCUGUGUUGACUGAUGUAUUGUCAAUCCUGAACACAUUUUGUCUAUUUUAAAAUAUUACCCAAUCCAAGAAACUCCAGAGAAGAUAACUUCCUUUCAGUGAGGCAAACUGUCCUAAUAAUUAGAUUAUGAUUUUUGGUGUUUCCUGAGCUCUUAUAGAUGCAAAGCAAAAAAAAGAGGAGUGAUUUGAGAAAUUCAAGCCUGCUGUUCCACCAGAGGUGGACAUGGUUGAGGACACAGGGAAUUUUCUCUGCAAAGAUGACUAGCCCUCUGCUAUGAGUCAAUUAGAAGCUCUUUUGGAAAGAGGAUGACCUAUUGUAGAGAACAGUCUGUUUUCCAAUUUCUGUUUCCAAAACGGAAAGAUACUAGAAAAUGGUCAUUAAAUCUGAGAGUCCAGCUCUGAAAUAAAAGGCUUCAGCUGCAUUUAACUCUUCUUUUAACUAUUAAUGACUUGCAUUGUUGUGCAACAGCGUCACACUAUUUUCCUUGUAAUGGAGUGUGUUUGACUCAGCCAGUCCAUCUGAGUGGAUUUCCAUCAAUACUGCAUCCUCUCCAAGCAGUAUGGUAAGUUACUGGAAUGUGCUCGCUCACACUUGGCUAUGAAGUAAUUCUGCCUAGGAGCGGGUUAUUUCCUAAUUGUUCACCACUUGUUUCUUGGGUCACAUCUAUUGUGUGUCAUGCAACAAGAGCACAUGUCACUCAGAGACAGGAUGAGCCAUGUGUGUUUGUAGUGGAGUACAGAAGAACUUUUACCUUCUGAGGGAGAGAGGAACUUCUGACAUAGAUUAUUUUUAACUGGCUUGUUUUGAAAUAUCUGUUGUUCUUCAAAUAGGCCACUUCAGCUGAAGUAAAAGCUUCAUUUUUUAAGGUCCCACUCAAGGCUGAAGAGAUUACUGACUAGACUCUUGGUAAUCCACAAGAUGGUAUUAACUAGCAGCUGUCUUUUAUAAAUGCUGUAGAAAGCAAAACUGUACACCAGCUUCCUUCCCAGCUGCUGGUGAUGAAAUAUAGAUGCUGUCAUGAACCUGCUGCUUUAUUUCAGUGAUGUGGAUAUACAUAAGUUAAAGCUGAAAUAAAUACAGGUGUGCAACUUGUUGGUUUCUAUAGAAAUAACUUUUCAUCCUUAGGUUAUUUAUAUGUAGAUAACAGGCUGUAGAACAUUAGCACAGCAAUUGAAAUAUGCUAUGGAGGACUCCUGUUUGUAUGUAUGCGGGGCUAACAGUAAGGGGUUUUAUGUGUAUUCACAGUUUUUGAUUUUCAGAGUGUAUUUCCUUUGCUGUCUGAAAUCCCAUGCCAUGCAGAGUUGUGUGUGGCUGCAGUCUUACUGCAACAGGGCAGCUUGAGUCUUUCUCAUGCAUCAUGGGAAACCUAAUCAUUGUGGUGACUCAUACCAAGAAGUAGCAUGCUAACAUGAAGAGAUGAAUACUGACCAUGUCCUCAGCUGACUGUACUUAGUGGGUGUCUGGCUUCAAAGUUGUAACCUCUGCAGUCAUUACUUGGCCUGCAUUUCCUGUGCGUGAGCAUGUGUUUGGGUGUACACACCAUGAUGGACAGCAGAAAGAACUUGAUUUUUACAAGGAUAGAUUUAUCUAGCUCAAAAAUAAUAAUGCAAACAUGGAAGUACAUGGUCCAGUUUGAGUAUAUACAAUAUUUUAAAAGAAAAAUCUGACAGCUAAACUAUUAAAACACACACUCUUAGAAUUAAUGUAGUUAUACUCUUGGGGCUGUUACUCCAGAGUAGUUGGUGUCUUCAUAUUCUAAUGUGUGAGAUGUAUCUUAAAUAAACCUGUGCAAGCAGUUGAAUGUAUACAGCACUCAUGUUCAAAUCAGCAAACUUUUGACCUAAGGCUGAGCAAUAGAACAAUUUAGAUGGGACCUUUGGAGGCCAUCAAAUCCAGCCCCAUUCAAAACAAAGGUAUAUCAGGUUGCGAAGAGGCAUGUCCAGUCAAGUUAUUAAGAUCUUCAAGGAUGCAGAUUCCAAAACUUCUCUGGGCACCUUUUCCAGUGUUUCUGAAAGCUUUUGUGGUUUCUGUUUGUUUGUUUGGAUUUGUUUGUUUGGAUUUGUUUGUUUGGAUUUGUUUGUUUGGAUUUGUUUGUUUGUUUGUUUUAUUUGUUUUUGUUUUUCUUCCCCUUCUACUAUCUAACUAGCUUUUCCCUUGUUUUCACUUGGGUCUGUUGCCUCUUGUGCUGUUGCUGUACAUCUCCAUGAAGGGUCUGCCCUUGCAUUACUCAGUUGGUGACAGCAACAAGAUCUCCCUUGAGCUUCCUAUUUUCCAGACCAAACAUCUCCAGCUCUCUCAGCUUCUCCUCAUAUGUCAGGUGCUCCAGCGCCCCUGACUGUCUUGCUGGCCUCCCCUGGACUCACCCCAGUGCGUCCCUGUCUUUGUGCUGGGGAGCUCCAGCACCAACACACCAGUCCAGAUGUGGAUUCUCAGGUGUCAGAUGGGAGGAGUCACUUCGACCACUCCAGCCCAGGAUGCUGUUGGCCUCCUUUGCCACAAGGGCUCAUUGCUGACUCACAUUCCACUUGAUGUCCAUCAGCACCCCAAGGUCCUUUUCUGCAGAGCUGCUUUCUAGCCAGGGAUAUCAACUCCUGCUGCUGCACCAGGCCCUAUAUUAAGGGAGAGAUUGCUGCUCAUUUUAAAGAACAAGUGCUGAGAAUUGGAUUCUACUGGAUCUACUGGAUCACAGAGAUUGUGCAUAUCAUUGGAGAUGAUCUUGUCGCAAGCAGCCUCGAUCCAUGUGUUCAUUCACUGACGUCCAGCUUGUUACUUCACGAUCUUACUCGGCAAAGCGCCCAGGGCUUGCAGCAGUGACCAAAGUCAGAAGGAGCUGACUCCGGAACAUAUCUGGCAGGAUGAAAGACCGGCUGAACGAGCUGCGGGAAUGUGCCAGGUUACACAACCAACAUUUUUCUGGUAGUGAAGAUGAUGAAAAUUCACCCCAGGAUGUUCUCCUUUACGAGACUGAUUAUGCCUUGGAAAUUCUUCAUAAAGACAUACAGAACAUCCGGACAGAAAAUGACCACCUAAAAGAGGAUGUCAAGCGGCUCAGAAAGCAAAACAGACGCUUCCUCACUUCCAUGCGCCGUCUUAGUAGCAUCAAACGAGAUACUAAUUGUAUUGCCAGAGACAUCAAGGCCCGUGGAGAAAACAUCCACAGGAAACUCCAGAUAAUGAGAGAUUUCAGCGAAGAUGCAAUAACAAAAUACGGGGCAAUGUCUAUCAUUGCCAGGGUAGCAAAGAACCACUAUGUUGACCUCAUGCACGCCUUCCAGAAAGCGAUGUUUGAAUACAAUGCAGCAGAGAUGGACCAGCGGGAGAACUGCAAGAUUCGAAUUCAGAGGCAGCUAGAGAUCAUGGGCAAGGAUGUUUCUGGCAACCAGAUAGAGGAGAUGAUUGAGCAAGGCAAGUGGGACGUCUUCUCUGAGAAUCUCUUGUCAGAUGUUAAGGGGGCUCGCUCAGCCUUGAAUGAAAUAGAGACACGUCAUAAGGAGCUGGUGAAGUUAGAAGGCCGCAUUAAGGAAAUUCACGAGCUCUUUCUGCAGGUGGCACUGCUAGUGGAGGAGCAGGCGGACACCUUCGAUGUCAUUGAGAUAAAUAUGCAAAAUGUUGAGGACUAUGUAGGAGAAGCUAAAGACCAAGUGAAAAAAGCUUUGGAAUACAGAAGAAAACACCCCCUGAGAACAAUCCUCUGCUGCUGCAUAUCCUGUAUCAGAAGGUGACUAUCCCACUGAAGCAACCACAGACUGACUUGAAUUGUCUUCAAAAUGGAGCAUUCUUUCCAGUGACUUUUCUGUAAUGACAGCCCCUAGAAGUGGGAGGACUAUUUUGCAAUUGUUUUAUUCAUUGCCUUUUUCCUAAAUGUAUUGAUGGCUGCUCUAUUUGAGAGUUCCUACAAAUGUUGAUAAAGCUAUUUUUAAUCUAUUUCUAAUUGAAAUGUACUCUGUUGCUGUAACUGGAGUUGCAAGAGGAUCUCUGCAAUGAUACUUGUUUCAGAUAGACAGGAAAGAGGAAUGAAUGACGGGCUGAUAACUCAGCCUAGGGAAGAUGAGAAAUUUCAAGAAGUGACUUUAUUCUUACUUGUCAAAGUGACGCUGCAGGUGGUGCAGACUUACCGCCUGGGGUAGCACAACACACCACAGAAUCUGGAGGUUUCAGUUUUAACUCGUUUGGAGCCUGCUUGAUGCAAAUACUUGCACAGAUUUUUGUUCUGUUCAUUUGACAAAAUACUGAGCUUGUUAGCAGGAGCAGGACACAGAACUAGUUUCUAUUUCAGCUUGGUUUCCAUCUGUCACGAAUCUUAACAGAAGUAAUUGCACCUUAAAUGAUAAUAUGCACAUUUUGCUCUGUUUGCGUGCAAGUGAUUGAUUGCUUUUCUCCAUUUUGAGUACCCACAACUUCAUCAAUGUGGGUAGAAGUUCUGCAACACCAAGGCAGCUGACUUUUAACUUCAGCUACUCUCUGUACUUUUAGUUUCAAAACUGCCAUGCCUUUAUGCUUCUAAUACAUUUUUCUGCCAAAUAAUACUUCAGCCAGAAAAGAUGCACUGAGUAGCCUUCUGCAGAAACAGCAAUAAGAAGACGACAAUUGUGGGGUAAAGAAAGCAUUUUAGGGUGUCUUGUGCUGGCACAUACACACAAGCAGUUCUCAAUAGACUUUUAUUUUUUUAUAAGCAUUGAUUUAAUAUGGAUUUUUAAUAUCUAUUUUAAAUAACAUGAAGGAUUAAAUUUAUUAACAUUCUAUUUUGCCUGUGUAUAAAAACUAAGGCUUUUCUCCCAUUAUUAGGAAAUAUCCCCCUGGGAAAGAAAACAGACAUAUUUCUUCAGUACACCUGAAAAAGAAAGAAAACAACAUUUUAAUGUCAUUUCAGUGGUCUUUUCAAGCUUAAAAAUAAUCUCUCCUUUUGUGGAAGGGGAGUCUGCCCGCAGUAAGCUUAGAAUAUGAGGAAGCAGCCCUGGAAACCUCUGAGCAUUGUCAGUGAAGCAUGUAUUGAUAAGGUCUGGGGAGCAAUUACAGCUCCUGCUUCUGAAGGUUUUCCAUCUAUGAUAUUUCUAAGUGGCUUCCUGAUACACUGUGAUCUAUUGCUAUCCUUUGAAUUAAUGCAGGACUUUUUCAGACAUCAGUGACUUUUUUUUUAAAAAGCUGAUCCUAUUUGUACCUAUUUUAAUAAAUAUAUUUAAGCAUUUCAAAUAUUUUGCAUGUGGGAGUGUUUCUCGGGAGAUGUGCAUAGCCAUCUUCCCGAAUCAAUCACAGCGAGACAUUUCCCUUCUAGCCUUUUGCACACUAAUUUUGUAUGUGAAAAAACACCUGUACAUUUCUUACUAUUUAUAUCAGGGAUGUCAAGCUCAUUUUCACCGGGGGCCACAUCAGCCUCACAGUCCUAAAAUUACAUUUAGCCCUUUGAAGGCAACCACAAGGUUGAUGUGGUCCCCGGUGAAAAUGAGUUCGACACCCCUGAUUUACAUUGUCAUAAAAAACCACCAAAAUAAAUUCAACUUCCAAGCUUUCAUAUCCUAGUGGGACAUGCUUCUUGGCCAGACAGGUUUUUCCCACACAAACAGAAGCUAAAUGGAGAACUCGUCUCAGAAACUGAGUGUCUCUUACACUGAAGCACGUCUGUGACAGCGUGGAAGAGUGAGGAGUACUGAUCUUCUAAAGUAGAAGAUAUUUUGAUAUUCAGUGAUGUCUUGAUGCUGUCAGUAUUAUGCUUGCCUAGGGACCUCUGCAACAACCCAAUGUUCAAACUUGAAACAGGAGGAGGGCGUUGAGCUGGCACCAUGAAUACUUUGGUGUGACUAAACAAAACAAAGUCAUUUAUUCAGUAGGUACUGCCAUUCAAGCCAAUGGAACUGUGCAUUUAUAGAGAAAUACCCUAGACCUCUGAGGGCCAACAUGUGGGCAUAAAUCAAUGAAUAAUAAAAUACAUAUUUCAUUUUGUCUGCAUAUUCUUAGCACUCACCAAUGCUUUUGAUAAAAAUGUGUACAUAUUUUUUUUGGUUGGAUUAUUUUUUGCACAUAUGUCUGUCUACAAAUGGAAUAAAAGAUUUGAUAAGAAAAACUGAAA